AUUUCAGUUUAUUUACCUAUCUUAUCUAUAUUCUUUGAUCUUAUCUUUUGCAACUUGAUAUCACGAAUUAUUGGUUAUACCUACUGAACAUAAAUCAUUGUUCUGUGGAUACUGAACAAUUAACAAAAGAUAGAUAUUAACCCUUGAAGCUUAUUUAUAUAGGUUUAUAUAAAAAAUGUCGAAGAAAUACUGUGAUUCAGCAGUAACCGUACGUCGCGCUAAUAGGGAUGACAUGCUGGCGGUCGCCGGUAUGGUACAGGAGCUUGCUGACUUUGAGAAAAUGCCUGAAGGCCCUAAAAUAACAGCCAAAGAUCUCCAACGUGAUGGUUUUGAUUCGAGCCCACCGGCAUUCAGAUGUUUAGUAGCAGAAGUGAAGAAGGAGAAGGAGACCGCGGUGGCGGGCUACGCGCUGUACUUCCCCGUGUACUCCACGUGGGAGGGGCGCUCCAUGCUGCUGGAGGACCUGUACGUGCGCGCCGGCGAGCGGCGCCGCGGCGUGGGGCACCGCCUCUUCGACGCUGUUGCUGCGGAAGCUCUCUCCGAAGGUUGCUGCAGAGUGGAUUUCCACGUAUUAGAGUGGAACGACGCGCGCUCAUUUUACGAAAGCAAAGGCGCUGUGGACCUGAGCGCAUCCGAGCACUGGCGCCUGUACCGGCUGGCGGGCGACGCCCUGCGCGCGGCCGGCGGCCGGGCGGAGCAGUGAAACACGGGCUAGUGCAUCAUACGUUUAAUUAUAUAUUGUACAUUUCUCUUCACAGAGCCAUUUGUAUGUUGUUAUCAAAAGUUGUUUUUAAAUAAAGUGUUCAGAAUAUGCACUCCGGACUUUACAUUAUUUCGCUAAUUAAUUUUACUAUAUACAACUAUUAAUAAAUGCGAUUUAUUCUUA